UUCUUUCUCUCUAUAUAUAUCUCUCUCUCUCUCUCUUUCUUUUCACUUUUUUAUCGAAAGGUGUCAUGGUAGCUAUGAAAAACCUCAGCAUAUCACUUGCAGUCAUCAGGUGUAUUGUUUGGUUAAAUGGUGUUACAAAGCCAUAAUCUCACAUGUUGAUACCGUUUUUUCAAUGAAGUCAGCAGGUUUUAUUUUUUUUUUCUUUUUUUUUUUUAACGCUUUCAUUAAAUUGGGUCAUUGCUGUCUAUGCAUUGAUUGCUUUUGCUGUUCGCAGCUAAGGAAACACAAAGUUACAUUCGCUUACAAUUAAAAUAAUUGAUAAAGUACGGAAAGUACAAAAUUUUGUUGUUUCUUUUCCUUGAAUUGAGAUAAAAAAAAAAAAAAGAAGACAACAACAACAACAACAAUAACGGCAAAGUGAAACGUCAAGAGUAGAGAGUAAAGAAAAUGGAAAAAAAAUGCAAAAAAAAAAAAGAAUAAAAUGUAAUGAUUCAUUAUCAUUCUGAACGGGUCAGCGCUGACAUAAAUCAUAUGACAUACGUUUUAUGAAAAACUUUGCUGACUUAAGAAUUUUGCAAUUUUCAAUAAAAGCAUAAUUUUUUCCAACAUUAACUUCAUAGUUUAAUUGCAAUCACUUUACAGUAAACGUAAAAGUCAUCUAUAUACACGAAAAAAAAAAUAUAAUAAAUAAAUGAACGCAAUGAAGACGAUGAUUAUAUUUUUAAUUGUUUUUACCGCCCUUUUAAACUGGAACAUAGCGGCAACGGCUAGCACCAAUGCACCAAUGGAUUUCGUUGAUAAAAGCUCAAUAAAAGCAACCGAUGAACAACAACAAAAGUCUGUAGAAGAAAACGAUAAUUUGGACAAUUAUAGAAAUCGUAGAGCAUUCAAGAGUGCAGCAGCAGCAGCAGCAGCAGCAGCAGCAGCGACUGGUUAUCAAAUUUCAGCGCCUCCGUGUGCAAAGAAUUAUAUGUUUUCUUGUCAACCUAGCUUAGCGCCAGUAUCUUGCGCUAACAAUAACGGUAUUGGUGUUAACAGUCCUAUGCUCGGUGGUUAUCAAGCAGCUUACAAUGCCCCCGUGCCUGUCUACGCUCAAGCUCAGCCCCCUUUGCAACCGUUUUAUUAUAGAGAAUAAUAAAUGAAUAAAGUCUCCUUUAUCUCU